UUUGUGGGCACGCAAAGCAGGAGUGGCCUUGCCAGGGCUCCCUUCCGUCAGUCAGCCGGUGAAGCAAGAGCGGAGCAUCCCUUGCAGACGCCCAGAGUGAUCUCACAGGUCCGGUUGAGCAAGAGGCGGGUGGCUUGCUGGCUGGCUUCUUUGCUUGCUUGCUCCGGAGGCACAACACAAUCAAUCCACCUUUCUCCUCCUCCUCUUCUCCUUUAUCAAGACAAGGGAUCUGCAGAGCUGGACAGGUGGGUCCCUGUGGAAUGGUUAACCUGAGGCCGUCUCACCUGGACGAGCCAAUCACCGCAGCGCAGACGCCGAGACACUCAAGAUCCCCGUCAGUCGCCACACUUGGACACAUCAUUUCCAAGACUUAGUUUUGUUGCACUUGGUUUGAACAAAGGCAUUUCUCCGGCAUGGCCUUCUUCGUCGUGGCCUCGGUGAAUGUUCUCCUCCUGCUUCUCCUCUCCGCCUCUCCGUCUACCUGCACGGAUCCGGAUCCGGCACUGUUGGAGAUGAAGGCUCUGUUGUCUUCGGAACGGGACGGCUCUCUGGCCCGGGACUCCGUGGACGCCUUGUUAAAUAUCGCCCGGGACCGUGUGCAAUGUGCCGCAGUGCCGUGCGGAAAGUGCAUUUCAGCCUCGGACGUCUUUGCUCUGGCGGGGAAGAAUCCUCCCUCGAGCCAGGCCAACCUCACAUCCGCGGAGAUGGUGCCCUUUUCGGCCGCGUUGCUCUUCUACUUUGCAGAUCCGGAGUCCGCUUGCAAAGCCACGGCCGAUGCCCUUUGGGUCGACCGCGUCCGGGAUUUCCAAACCGAGUUUUCCGAGGGCAAUGCCACCCGGUCGAAGGCCGAGGAGCUGAUGGCAUCCGUCCAGCAGAAUAUCAAAAACAGCGGGAAAGAAAAGGAGCUUUGCGCCGGAGUGGACCAGAUCCUUGAGAACAGCCUGAAGAUCUCCAGCCACGUGACGUCAGACCCAUCAAGGCGUGUUCUGGUGACCAUGGCCUUCCAUGCGCUGGAGGGGGGCUGCUUCCAUGCGCUUCCUCCCGAGAACUACUUUGUGGAAUACAUCUUCCAGCGCUACAGCAAUGGGACACACAACCUCACACUGGCAGGUCUGACGGAACUCAUGAAGGAGCUGCAGGUCGGCUCGGUGGCUGCAAAUGCACGUCAUGACCAUGAUGGACACAGCCAUGAUGGCCAUGAUCAUGAUGGACACAACCAUGAUGGCCAUGAUCAUGACGGACAUAGUCAUGAUGGUCACGAUCAUGACGGACACAGCCAUGAUGGCCACAACCAUGAUGACCAUGGACAUGAUGGCCACAAUCAUGGUGACCAUGACCACGAAGGCCAUGAUCACGGUGACCACCAUAACCAUACACAUGAAGGAGAUGUACAUGAUCAUUCAGAAGGACAUGCUCAUGGAGAUCAUGGGGACCAUCAUCAUGGCAAUGAAACGGACCACCACCACCAUGAUGAAGAAACAGGACACCAUGCAAACACAACAGAAAGUCCUAUUGUCCGUCGGAGGAGAAGUCUACCUGCCACUGGAGACCAUCAAGUCUGGGACACGGUCUGCCUCAGCCCGGACGAUCUGCUGGAUAUCUAUGGGAUCGAUGCCAGCGCAGGGCUCUCCCGCCCCGAAUUGGCCCGCCUGAGCCCGGCCUUGGUGCAGAUGAGGCUCAGCCAGGCCUGCUCCGUCUCCAAAAAUGCUGCUCUCGACGGCCGGCUCACCACUGCCGAGAAGUACAUCUACGGCUCCUUGGCCACCCUGGUGAUCUGCCUGUGCGCGCUCUUCGGCAUCGUGGUCCUCCUCUGCACCGCCUGCAUCAGCGCCUACCAAUACGUCAUCCAGUUCUUCGUCAGCCUGGCCGUGGGGUCACUGACCGGAGACGCCAUGCUGCACCUCAUCCCGACGUUCCUGGGCUUGCACUCCCACUCCCAUGGAGAAGGUGAGGACCACCAUGACCACCACGGAGCGCAAGGCCACGAUGCGCUCUGGAAGCUGCUGGCCGUCCUGGGGGGGCUUUACCUCUUUUUCCUCCUGGAGAAGCUCUUUUCCCUUUUCGGGCACGACGACUGCCAGGAGGCUUCGGAGUCCAGCAAAGGCCACCAGUGCGACCAUUCCUUGUCUUUGCAGCUGUACCAGGAUGAGAUGAAGAGGAGGAAAAUGGAGAAAGGAGCUUCCAACGCGGAUCUGGUGGUUGCAGAUGAGGCCGAUUUCAGGCCUCUCCAAAAGGAAGAGCUCAGCCGAGAGCUGCGCAUGCUGCCGUACAUGAUCACCAUCGGAGACGCCAUCCACAACUUUGCAGAUGGCCUGGCCGUUGGGGCCGCUUUCUCCUCCUCCUGGAAGACCGGCCUGGCCACGUCCUUGGCUGUCUUGUGCCACGAACUGCCCCACGAACUAGGGGACUUUGCGGCCCUGCUCCACGCCGGCCUGAGCGUCAAGCGGGCUUUGCUGCUGAACUUUGUGAGCGCGCUCACGGCCUUCGUGGGUCUCUACAUUGCACUGUCGGUCAGCACCGGGGAGCAGUUCGAGGCCUGGAUCUUCACCGUGGCCACGGGCCUCUUCCUCUACGUGGCCCUCUGCGACAUGCUGCCGGCGCUGAUGAAUGCGCGUUGCAAGCGGCCCUGGCUGCUGUUCGGCCUGCAGAACCUGGGCCUUCUCUGCGGCUGGGCCAUCCUGCUCCUGCUCUCACUCUACGAGGACAACAUCGCCCUCUGAGCCUCUUCUCCCCACAGGUCUGACUCUAUGGGCCGGGCAUCACCAAAGGACACGUCUCUCUCUUGCCGUCCGUCCGUCCGCAGAGGCUGCGAGUUCAAAUCCGCGCUUCGCCGGAGACUGGGGUGCGGAAAUAUUGGGGAGAGGCCGUGCAAGGCUGCAAACUUUGCAAAACUUUGGAGAAACGGGACCAACGGGGCAAAGCCUAUAUAGCGCUGCCCUCUCCGGACCAGAAGUAUUUUAGUUUUCACUGUGUGCAAUUUUCAAGACAGGGUUCUUGCCCUGAGCUUCUUCCCUUUCCAUUGAAAAUAACGAUCAAAGACACAUACAUGCCCUAGACAGUUUUCAAGACACAUCUGAAUCCAAUUAGCAUGCAGUCGUCAUAAUAAUGAAUGCAUAUGUGCCCUAUGCGUUUUGCAAGGCAGCACUCUUGCCCUGAGGUUCCUUCCUUAAGAUGCCAUUCACAUUAAAUAAUAAUAAAUACGUACAUGCCAUAUGGGUUUUCAAUGCAUGCUUGAAUGGCAUUCAGAUUUUAAUAAUAAUACAGUAGAGUCUCAUUUAUCCAAGCUAAACGGGCCGGCAGAACCUUGGAUAAGCAAAUAUCUUGGAUAAUAAGGAGGCAUUAAGGAAAAGCCUAUUAAACAUCAAAUUAGGUUAUGAUUUUACAAAUUAAGCACCAAAACAUCAUGUUAUACAACAAAUUUGGCAGAAAAAGUAGUUCAAUACGCAGUAAUGUUAUGUUGUAAUUACUGUAUUUACGAAUUUAGCACCAAAAUAUCAUGAUAUAUUGAAAACAUUGAUUACAAAAAUGCGUUGGAUAAUUCAGAACCUUGGAUAAGCGAGUCUUGGAUAAGUGAGACUCUACUGUAAUAAUAAUAAUAAUAAUAAUAAUAAUAAUAAUAAUAAUAAUAUACAUACAUACAUGCCAUAUUGUUUUUUUCAAUGGAUAUUUGGAUGCCAUUUAGAUUUUUAAACUAUACAUACAUACAUACAUACAUACACAGACAUACACAUGCCAAAUGGAUUUUCCAAUGCACAUUUGAAUGUCAUUUACACUAAAAAUAAUAAUACAGUUCAUACACGCCGUAUGCAUUUUUAAUGCACAUUUGGAUGCCGUUCAUGUUAGAAAUAAUAACAAGUUACAUACAUAUAAUUUGCAAUUUUCAGUGCACAUUUGAAUGCCAUUCAGAAUGAAAAUAAUAAUAAUUUGUAAAUGCCUUAUGGAUUUUUCAAUUCACAUUUGAAUGUCAUUCGGAUUUUUUUAAAAAAAUAAUAAUGAUUAAAAAUACAUACAUGCCAUAUGCAUUUUUCAAGGCAGUGCUCUCGCUCCUCAAUUCUUCCCUAGAUCCUCUGACCUCCAUGCAUUUAUUUAUUGUAUUGCAAACUUAGAUCCUAUUUUUGUGGAGAAAAAAGCGGGACAUGAAUCCAGAAAAAAAUAAACAAAAAUAAAUUAU